UUCCGCAAAGCAGAUGGGAAAUCUUGUUUGUUGUGUGCAAGUUGACCAAUCCAAAGUUGGUAUAAAAGAAGGAUUUGGAAAAUUUGAAAAGGUGCUCCAACCCGGAUGCCAUUGUGUACCAUGGUUCUUUGGAAAAAGAAUUGCUGGUCACGUGACUCUUCGGCUACAGCAGUUGGAUAUCAAAUGUGAAACCAAGACAAAGGAUAAUGUAUUUGUCAACGUUGUUGCUUCCAUUCAAUACCGUGCCUUGGCAGAAAGAGCCAGUGAUGCGUUUUACAAACUUACCGACACUAGAACACAACUUCAAGCUUAUGUGUAUGAUGUAAUUAGGGCAAGUGUUCCAAAACUCAACUUGGACGAUGCUUUUGAGCAAAAAAAUGAAAUUGCAAAAGUUGUGGAACAAGAACUCGAGAAGGCUAUGUCAGCUUAUGGAUAUGAAAUUGUUCAAACACUCAUUACUGAUAUAGAGCCUGAUGAGCAUGUGAGACGAGCUAUAAAUGAAAUCAAUGCAGCUGCAAGAAUGAGAGUUGCAUCUAAUGAGAAAGCAGAGGCUGAAAAGAUAUUACAAAUUAAGCGGGCUGAGGGGGAAGCUGAGUCAAAAUAUCUCUCUGGGAUGGGUAUUGCUCGCCAACGUCAAGCCAUUGUGGAUGGUUUGAGAGACAGUGUGAUUGGAUUUUCUGUUAAUGUACCAGGCACAACUGCAAAAGAUGUCAUGGAUAUGGUUCUUGUGACACAGUACUUCGAUACGAUGAAAGAUAUCGGCGCUAACUCCAAGUCUUCUGCUGUGUUCAUUACACAUGGACCUGGUGCUGUUCGUGAUGUAGCUAGCCAAAUCCGUGACGGACUUCUUCAGGGUUCUCUACCUCCUCAUCAGUAG